ACAUUGAAAAUCAAAAUUAUUCAUUUGCUAACUUAGCCUAUAACACAAGCAUUACCUUAUCAUGGGUUACUCAACUAUGACCAUUAGGUUUGUUUGUUUGGCAAUUGUUUGCCUGGUGACUUUUGGUCCUAAGGCUGAAGCUGCUGUGACAUGUGGUCAAGUAGUGAACAACUUAACACCUUGUGUUUCUUACAUAAUUUAUGGUGGGAACGCUGUGCCUGUGCAGUGUUGUAAUGGAGUGAGAAGCCUUAAUAGCAUGGCUCAAACCACCCCAGAUCGUAGAGCUGUUUGUAACUGCAUUAAGAAUGCUGUUACCUCAAGUGGUUUCACUUACACUAGAUUCAAUCUUGACAUUGUUGCUGGUCUUCCAAGUAAAUGUGGGGUUAACAUUCCUUACCAGAUCAGUCCUAAUACCAACUGUAACAGUGUGCACUGAGGUUGAUACAUGAUGUGUGGAGCAGCAACUCAAGAAGGAUUUUAUAAUAGUUUAUAGUGUGUGUGAAUAAGAGGCUACUCUCAUGAGUGACUUGAGAAUGAUCACUUGAAGUUGCUUCUAUCUAGCUUUAUCUUACUAUAUUGUGUGUUUGUGUGGUUGUACUGUUUGUGUACACUUAUUGUGAGUGUGAAGUAGUAGAAUAAGUUGAUGAAUAUAUGUUUAAGCCUUUGUUGCUUCUUACCUAAUGAUGAUAUGUGUGAUGUUUAUUUUGGAAUGAAAUUAGAAAAGAUUAAGCA